CGUCUCUUCCCUGUCCGGUUAUAAGCUCUCUCUCAGUCUAAGGGGUCAAUUAUUUUGAGUGGAUAAGAAGGUUUGAACAGACUCUUGCUCCCAAAUACUUGUAAAUGGUACAAGCUUUCUACUCACCAGCUUUCAUUAUCUAAAUUUUCUGAAUCAGUGAUUGAAGAGUAAAAGCAGGAACAGACAGCUUUAAACUUCUCAAAAUGAUGAUGUUUGACGAGAUGGGAUUUUGUGGUGAUUUAGAUUUCUUUGCUGGUCCAAUUAAGGAACCAAUCGGUUUGCUUUCAGAAUCUGCUCCUGGCACUAUUGAGACCGAGCAAGCAGUUGUGGAUGAUGAUGACUACAGCGAUGAGGAUAUUGAUGUGGAUGAGCUGGAGAGGAGGAUGUGGAGGGACAAGAUGAGGUUGAAGAGGCUCAAAGAGAUGAAUAAGGGCAAGGAAGGCGUCGAUCCGGCAAAACAAAGACAGUCCUUGGAGCAGGCAAGGAGGAAGAAGAUGUCGCGUGCACAGGACGGGAUCUUGAAGUACAUGUUGAAGAUGAUGGAAGUGUGUAAAGCUCAGGGAUUCGUCUAUGGCAUUAUUCCGGAGAAAGGGAAGCCCGUCAGCGGGGCCUCCGACAAUCUCCGUGAGUGGUGGAAGGAUAAAGUGCGGUUCGAUCGGAACGGCCCAGCCGCGAUUGCAAAGUACCAAGCGGAGAAUGCUUUGAUUCUUGGAGGAAAUGAAAGCGGGGCAAACCAAGUUGGUCCUACCCCACACACCCUCCAGGAGCUUCAAGACACCACCCUCGGCUCGCUCUUGUCAGCCUUGAUGCAGCAUUGUGACCCUCCUCAAAGGCGGUUUCCUUUAGAGAAAGGCGUCGCCCCGCCAUGGUGGCCCACAGGGAAGGAGGAGUGGUGGCCACAAAUGGGUUUGCAGAAGGAUAUUGGCCCUCCGCCUUACAAGAAGCCCCAUGAUCUCAAAAAGGCUUGGAAGGUCGGUGUGCUGACAGCAGUCAUAAAACACAUGUCGCCCGAUAUUGCGAAGAUACGCAAACUCGUGAGGCAAUCCAAGUGCUUGCAAGACAAGAUGACAGCCAAAGAGAGUGCCACCUGGCUAGCCAUCGUCAACCAAGAGGAAUCCUUGGCUAGAGAGCUUUACCCCGACAGCUGCCCACCCCCAUCAUCCGCUUGUGGGACUGGGGGGAUAUUUUCUGUGCCGGACUGCAGCGAGUAUGACGUUGAUGGUGUCAUUGACGAUGACAACUGCUUUGACAUUCAAGAAGAGAAGCCAAAAAAUCUCAACCUGUUGAGUAAUAUGAUGAUGAUCAACAAUGAUUUCACGCGCAAGAGGAAGGCAGACAACCAGGAACUGUCACCUGUUGUUCUGCUCGAUGACAACAAGAUUUACACUUGUGAGUUCAUCCAAUGCCCUCACAGCGAGAUGCGUCUUGGGUUUCACGACAGACAGUCGAGAGACAAUCAUCAGUUGAGUUGCCCUCAUAGAAACUCGGGAGGGUUUGGAGUUUCUGAUUUCCACAUCAACGAAGUCGUCAAGUCAUCCUCAUCUGUAGCUGCUUCAUCUUUCCCUCCUAAUUCCUUUGACAUGGCUGGACUUGGGGUGCCCGAAGACGGGCAGAGGAUGAUCAGUGAUCUCAUGACGUUCUAUGAGACAAACUUACAGCGAAACAAAAACUCGAACACCAGCGGGAUUAUUAAUAAUAAUCAGUGUCAUCAACCAAACAGCAACAGUUACCUUCAGCAGAAUCAUAAUGGUGGUCUAGUGGGGGGUGGUAACUUGUUCUCUCCUCUCAAUGCAAGCUCAAACGCUUUCCCCUUCACUUUUGGGGCUCCAUUCAACCUACACAACAUUGAUUUUACAGAUGGUUUAUCUUCUGCAGCACAAGAUUCCAUGUCAAAGAAAGACGCACCAGUUUGGUACUAGAGGGGAGGUUGCACAUAUGGAACAAUUGGCCUGCUUUGCUUUCAUCAGGUGGCCUAUUUGGUUUCAUUCAGUUCUGGUAGUUAUUAUAGUAUUUUCUUUACAAUGAAGUCUCUUGUUAGAAGCUGAGGGGCUGUGGUGUCUGGUUUAUUAAUUAAACCCUUUGCUUACCUUGCUGUUUGUAGUUAUCAUCUUCAGUCAUAAUUCCCCAUAUAUAUAUACUCCGUAUAUGUAUAUGAUGCCCUCAUGAAAAAAACUUGUAGAUGUUUCAUAUAUAAGUUUUUCUUGUGUCAUUGAUAUACUCCAUAAAUUUGUCAACCUUUUAUUUAAUUUCAGCAUGAAAAGCUUAUGGGUAGAUCACAUCAUCAGACUGUUGAGGGCGGGUUAAGGAAAGCCAUUACUAUGUCACUUUCACUUAUUUCAGCAUGAAAAGCUUAUGGGUAGCAUUUCUCCAUAGUACCUAUAAGUAAAGAUUGGAGUAAUUACUUUAGGCAUGACUAGAUGUAUUGAGGAUGGAAUAAAGAUUUUGAUGUGAUAAUUUGGCACUCUUUCUAGGGGUGUCCCAUCUAAAAAUGUAGAUAGAGAAACAUUUUUCCUCAUUUUGUGGUUACAUUCUAUGUCACUUUCACUUAUUGGAUGUUGAAACAUUUGAU